AUGAGUACAGGCCGAAUUUUAUAUAACGUUGCAUGUAAAGUGUGCAAUGAUAAUUCAUCUGGUAAACAUUAUUCUGUUCAUGCAUGUGAUGGAUGUGCUGGAUUUUUUAAACGUUCGGUAAGACGAAAUCGAGCGUAUCAUUGUAAAAAUAAAAAUAAAUGUAUCGUUGAUAAAUAUCGUCGAAAUCAAUGUCGUGCAUGUCGUUAUCGUCGAUGUAUUGAAGCUGGAAUGAACAAAGAUGCUGUUCAAAAUGAACGAGGACCAAGAUCUCAAUCUGACAACCGUAAUUUGCCCGGAUAUAUCUAUACGAAUGAUACGAAUGAUUGGCUUCAUCGUCAACAAAAACAUCAAACACCAUUGGACAUACAGACACCGCCAGUAAUGCCAUAUGAAGCAUUUAAACCCGAUUUAUUUGUUUAUGAGAUGGCAGCUCGUAUUUUAUUUUUUAUGGUUCGUUGGUUUACAUCCCUUAAACAAUUUCAAAUUAUGAAUAUGAAAGAACAGAUUACGAGUUUACUCCAUUGUUGGCAUGAAAUAUUUCUAUUGUGUCUGGCCGAAUAUAAAUUUGAUGUACCAUGGAAAAGUAUUAUACAAACAGUUGAAAAUACAAGAGCGGAUUUUACCAGCAGUGAAUGUGUGAAACAAUUGUUUCUUAUGUACGAACUACACAAUCAAAUUAACCAAUUGCAUGUUGAUUACGUCGAAUUUUAUCAUUUAAAACUACUUCUUUUAGGACGUGCAAUUGAGUACACCACGUUUGGCCGUAAUGUAUAUGAAGAACAUUUAUUAGCAUUGAACGAAUAUGUUCGCCGUACUAUACCUCAAUCUGAAGAUUCAAAAACGAAUGAAGUGCCGAAAAGGUUAAAUGAUAUACGUUGA